CGCUUGUGCCAUGGCUGAUGAGGGCACUCUGAAGACCUUCCAGGUGCAAGUUACUUGCACCCUUUGCAUGGGAUAUUUCGAUGCUCCAAAGGUCCUAGACUGUGGCCACACUUUCUGUCACAAUUGCAUCUCCAAGUAUUGGACGGAAUUUCUGUCCACAAGCAAUUGCCCAGAGUGCAAAGAGACAGUCCAGUCGGGAAAUCUCCUUCCAAACCGAGGCCUGGAAAGCCUAGUGGAGUUAGUCAAGCGGCUGGAGGCAGACCUCGUCUCGGAAAAGGAAAGAGUCUGUGAGGAACACUGGAGGCCGCUGACGUCUUUCUGCAAGGGGGACAGAACCCCCCUUUGCACCCUGUGUGUGGAAUCUGGGGAGCACCAGAAUCAUGACAUGGUUCCUUUGGAACAAGCGGUUGAAGAACUCAAGGAAUACUUUCUCGCAUGCAUCAACACCGUACGGAGUCGGACGGAAUCGGUUCUGUUCCACAAGAUGGAUUUGGAGAGCGAAGGAGAAGUCCUGCUUAAAUCAGCACAAAUAGCGAAAGAACAAAUGGUGGCCAAAUUCCAUGAUCUGCAUAAGUUUCUGCUGCUCAGAGAACAUUUCCUGACGAGCAAGAUCGAAAGCACGGAGCAGGAGAUCAUACGGACGAGGGACAAACACAUGGAGGAUAUCUUUCGGCAAAUCUCAUUCCAUCAGAAAGUGGUGCAUGACUUACAGGAGAAACGUUAUCAGCCACCAACUGAACUGGUACAGGAUAUAGGAAGCAUGAUAGGGAGGUACGAGCACACGAAUGUAGCUCCAUGCCCAGAGCCUUUUUCAUCCAAGGAGAGGUGGCAGCUUUGGGAUUUGCUGGAUGUAAAUACUUUUCUGGACUGUGCCAUCAAGCAAUUCAAAACCAUUCUUGAAAACCAGCUAUCCUUGCAAGAAGCAAAAGUGACUCUGGACCCCCAGACGGCACACCCCCAGCUUCUUCUUUCUGAGAACUUUAGAAGUGUGAGGUUGAGAGAUGACCCUCAAGAGAUGCCCCAGCGUCCCGCGAGAUUUGAUGCGAGUCUGUCUGUGCUGGGACGUGAGGGGUUUGGCACAGGCAGAAACUAUUGGGACGUGGUUGUAGGAAGUGAGGGCAACUGGGCUGUGGGGGUGGCCCGAAAAUCUGUGAAGAAGAAGGAUCAGCUGGCUAAACAACAGUCCGGAGCCCGGAUCUAUGCCUUAGGGAAGCUGGACGGCCAUGUCCACUUUUUCUGCCCCCCUGGUGACUCCUAUGUGAACUAUAGCGGAGCGCUCGGGAGAGUCCGGAUCUCUCUCAACUGCCUCGGGAGAAAUGUGGCUUUCUUUGAUGGCGACACGGGAGGCCUGAUCCAUCAGGCCGUGAUACCAGCGGCCUGCAAAGGAAUUCUUUUCCCCUUCUUUCAAGUGAGCAAGAAAGCCGUCCUCACCCUGGUACCUUAAGGCAAUGCCAGAACCUUCUGAUCAGUGGGGACUCUUGACCUUUUUAACCAUAAAUUUGCUUUUAGCUUUCACUGCACAGAUGUGCCUACGCCACCCAGUCAGAGCAGUUUGAGUCCACUUCAACUUCCUAGUGCACCAUCCUAUGGAAUGCUGGGAUUUGUAGUUUGCGGAGGUACUUAGCAGAGAAAUCUAUAGUUGAAGGGCACGGUUCCCUUUCAGCAGAGAAUUCCAAAUAUCUCACCAAACUACAAAUCUCAGGACUUCAGAUGACAGACAGCCUGGAGCUUAAAAGUGGUAAUAACCGGCAACUACCAGAUGAGAUCAUACAUCUCCUUGGUUGGAGACAGGACACAAUCAAGCGCUACCUGUUUUUUUUUGUAACUGUUCAAGGAAUGUGGAAGUUGAAGUGCCCUCCUAGUUCAAAUCUAGAGCACCCAUUUUCUUGCUUACUUAACCCUGCCCAAUUAGAAGUCUUUUGUGGAAGUCUUUCUGAGAGAAGGGGACACCAGGGUGGUGACACCCCAGUUUGCACCAUUAUUCUGCAAUCCAACACUGAGCUCAACAUACACAUCAAUCUUUAUUCACUUAUCUUUUUUUUAACUGUAUGUAGUCUCUUAUACUGUAUGGCUAAGUAAAUUUAUGGGAAUGCCUUUAUGGGAAUGCCAACAAGUAUUAAAGGCAUAUUUUAAUAAGGUA